AUGAACCAAGACUUUGAAGAUUUGGGAGAAACAUCGCUGUCCGAUGGUGCCGAUCCCAACUCGAUCCGGAUCCUCCAAGUGACGGAUCUACAUAUAUUUCCCCGUGAUUGCGAAUCCUUCGAAGGAAUACCUCUGGGAGAUUCGUUCGACCGAUGCCUGCAAUUGAUUGAUCAGCUCGUGAAGGAUGCGGAACCCGAUGUGAUUGUCUUUACCGGCGAUAUCAUGGAUGGGAGAGGUCCCUGGGGAAGAAAGGAGGCCGUGGUGGAUACAUUUCAAUACAUGAUUGGGUGUCUGCAUGACACGCCCUGGUUGUUUCUACCCGGAAACCACGAUGAUGAUCACAGUCCCUGGUCUCGUGCCGAUUUAGUCCAAAUCAUGAAACUACCAGGAUCACUGCAGCAAUCCGCCAAGGGGUUUCACCACACAUUGCUUCUCUCCAAGAAAAGCAACAUUGGUGCCAGUAGUAUCAGAGUACGACUGCACAUUUUCGAUUCCGGUGGCAACCACCCCAACAAGCGAAUCAUGUACUACAAUACACCUGCCACUGCCGUCCAAGGAUUCUCACGCUACUUUUCUGAUAGGCAGACAGCUGAAUCGGAUGUCACGGGAUUGGUCUACAUUCACAUUCCCACGCCCGAAUUCCAAUUUGUCGAUCCCGUCAUUGGAGAAAACAGACUCUUUGCGGCAGCGUUGGCAGGGGGCAAAAUACCCAAACAAGUAUCCAAACUCAUGUGGCUCAUUAAACUACUCGGCGUCGAUCGUAUUGCCGGUUGCAGUCGAGGGCCCGAUACCGGUUUGGUUCCUGCCAUUCAUCACGCCAAUAAACAACAUCAUGCCAAUAUUCAGGCACUGUUCUGUGGACACGAUCAUCAUUCCGAUGCCGUCUUUUAUCGAAAGGGACUCUUUCUAGGAUAUGGAAGAUCCGGGGCCAUGACACCACCGUACGACUGGGAGGGAGCGGCUCCCAAUGUACUGGCCAAAGGUGGUAGAGUGGUAGAAGUGAGUCGUGAUGGAGUUGCCAAAACAUGGAUACAAACUGCUUCUGGAUUCGAAGAUGGGUCUCUCUUGGAUAUGACAAACUAUGAGCCAGACCAAAAGUGUUGUUGGCCCUUCUAG